AUGACCGACACCCCGCGGGCGCAUGCAGCGUCGUCCGCGAACCCGGAUGGCGUCUCCUCGCUGCGCUACCAAGCGCUGAACAAGGACUCGUACCGUCUGGACUCGCCGCCGUUCACCGGUGCGGCCGUGACGGGCGCAGGCCCCGUGACGCAAGGCCUCGACCAGCCGGUGCCGACGAGUGUGCGUGCGGCCGGCAGUGCGUCGCAGGUGCCGCCGAGGACGCAUGCGCAUAGCACGGCCGCGCCGGUCCACGGCCGCUAUGACCGCGACGUGCCGGCCUGGGCGCUCGAUCGGCACACGAGCGAGCCCGGCGAGCUCGAUGACGAGCUCGACGAGCACGAAGAUGCAAAGGCGCCGCCGGAAGAGGAAGAUGCUUCGAUUAAGUCGCCCUUUACUGCGCCUGUUCCCCGGCAAGGCGAGUCGAUGGACACCUACACCUUCCCCCGGCAUCGUUUCCCCACAAAGAUGCGCGACGAGCGCAAGACCCCCCUGGUGGUCGUGGCCUGUGGCAGUUUCUCACCCCCUACCUAUCUGCACUUGCGCAUGUUUGAAAUGGCAAAAGAUCAAGUCAUCGAGAGCGGCGACUACGAGCUGUUGGCCGGCUACUACAGCCCGGUGUCGGACCAGUACAAAAAAGACGGCCUGGCCAAGGCGACGCACCGCGUGCGCAUGUGUGAGCUUGCCGUGGAGCGCUCUUCCAACUGGCUCAUGGUCGACGCAUGGGAGUCGCUGCAAGGCGAGUACCAACGCACCGCCGUUGUCCUCGAUCACUUUCACGAGGAGAUCAACGGCGCGCAGAACGAGCGUGGGAUUCAGAUGAGCGACGGCAGCCGCAAGCCGAUCAAGAUCAUGCUACUGGCGGGCGGCGAUCUGAUCCAGAGCAUGGGCGAGCCCGGCGUGUGGGCGGAUCAAGAUCUGCACCACAUCCUCGGCCUGUACGGCUGCCUGAUUGUGGAGCGCACGGGUGCGGAUGUGUGGUCGUUCCUCUUGUCGCACGACCUCCUCUGGAAGCACCGCCGCAACUUGAUCGUCGUGAAGCAGACGAUCUAUAACGACAUCAGCUCGUCCAAGGUGCGCCUCUUUGUGCGCCGCGGCUAUUCGAUCAAGUACCUGCUGCCGAACAGUGUCAUCCAGUACAUCGAGCAAAAUGCGCUGUACCUCUCGACGGAGCAGCUUGGUAAGAGCUAG